AUGCUCAUCGGGCGUUUUCUGCUCAUUAUUAUUCUGCUUUCGACAUUCAUUUUGGCUGCUAUUACAACAAAUAUAACAAAUACUAAUCAACAAUUACAAUCAUCGACAAUUAGUAUUGAAAAAUCUAAAGAAAAUUCUGAUUUAUUUGUUGUACCAAUUCCAUUAUCAUCAUCAUCAACAACAACAACAAUAACAGCAGCAGCUAAUCAAAGUGAAUGUCAAGAGCCAUGUUCUAUGGACUAUUGUUUAAAAUAUAAAUCAAUUAAUAAAGAGUGUACUCAAUUGAUACGUGACCAAUGUAAUUGCUGUACAGUAUGUCUUCGUAGUGAAAAUCAAAUAUGUGGUGGUCGUCUUAAUGUUUAUGGUUUAUGUGAACAAGAUUUAUUAUGUUAUAAACCGAAUAAAACUUCAAAUAAUCUUACUGAACAAACUGGUACAUGUGUUAAAGCAUGUUUGAAAUUUCAAUGUUUACUUAUUAAAAUUAAUAAUAAAACAUCAUGUGAAUGUGCUAAUCGACGUUUACCUUGUAAUGCUAAUUUGCUUCAAAAUACGUAUAAUGAUAAUAAGACCGAUCAUUAUUGUGUACAACAAUCACCAACAGAACAAGAACAAGAAUUAAGUUUGUUGAAGACAAAUGAUGGUAAGCUUAACUCUAUCAUUUCACAGUAA